AACGUUAAUUAGUACUAAUUAGUCAAUAAUCGAAAGAAAAGAACAAAAAUUUUUACAUAUUUUCUCGUCGUAAAUAUUCUCCACACAUUUCUCUAUCGAUCUAGGCAAGAACCAAGCUUUUGUGAUGAAUGGAGAAUGGACAGGAAUUUUUUUAAUAAUAACCCCGAGCUCAAAAAUUUAACAACAUUUUUUUAAGUAAUUAAUUUUUUUCUCAGCCAAAUAACGUCAGUAAGCCGAAAAAACUUCAGGACAUAUACUUCGAAGUGUCCUCUACAAACUGGGAACGCUAGAGAAAAGUCUAAAUGGGUCCCCCCCUUAAUUAAACUUAUUAAAAAGUCAUGUAUUUUGUCAUCAUAUUUUGAUGCUGAAAAACUCAAAUUGAAAAAGAACCGUUCAUUACAAUUAGACGUUAGAACAAGGUGGAAUUCUACCUGUUGUAUGAUCGACGGCUUGUUAAAUUUGAAAUUAGUAAUAGCAGAAUGGUUAGAUAAUAAAAACUGUUUAAAAAUUAAAAAUAAACUAAAACAGGAAUUGAAUGAAUUAAAAUUAACAUCAAAUCAAUGAAACGUACUGUCUGUAAUACAGAUAAUACGGAUAGUAUUGAAACCGUUCUAUCGAGUAACACAAUUAAUUAGCGAGCGAUAGUAAAUAUUCAACAUUGGACUGGCCUACUCUGCCAUUCAUUUUACCAAAUUCUUUAUUGAUGAUAGUUAUGAAAUGAAAAAAUUAAAACAGCGUUUGUCGAGAACAACGAAACAAUAUUUGGAUGAUGAUAUUGACCAAAGUGAGCUUCUGAAAGUACGAUGUUAGCGUGCGGCCGGCUGAUAGGAUUUGAUCAGAGAGACUGAAACAAAGACUCAAAUCGAUAUUUAUCUUUUUGUACCUCAUAUGAUCCUAGAGAUUUAAGAUCCAUAUGUCCUAUCGUCUGAGUUCAAUAAAAGCUAUAAAAUUCAACAAAAAGUACUUGACUUUUGAAAAGGUUUUCUAGAAACCUUUGGAAGUAAGAGAAUGUUUUCGAUCAAGCUUAAGUUCAGAAUUAGAUUGAGUAGAUGAAAUAGAGUAUGUGUUAAUGCUCUGAAGUAACCGUGCUCAACUUUGACUGAGUUAUGAACUUUUUUAAUUUUUCUUGAAAAUAGCCAAAAAUGAGGUUUUCUCAAGGGCUGAAAUUUUGCUUUGAAAACAAACAUUGUCACAAAACUCAGCACGGUCGAUAACCUAUGUUUCCAUUUAGUCUACAUCAACGUGCCGAAUCUCCCAAAAUGCCACGGCUGAAUGGUGAAAAGUGAAGAAGUCAGAGGAUUCCUAAAGAGUACGCUCUUAGUUAUCUACCGUAGAAAAAAAAUGAAUGGAUUUGUAGCAAGAUCUGACAGGACUAUGACCUAAUUUUCUAAAGAUCUGCCAGAAAACUGUUGUUGCUGUUACAUGAAAAAAAAUGAAUCAAAAUAAUAGGCGUGUUACACCAGGAAGUUGGUCUAGGCUAACUCCUCACGCACUGAGCAUAUUCAUUUGAAACUCAGACCUUAAGGGUUUCGCAAGGUCUUCUUUCUUUUACUCUCUAGAAACUUUUCUCCAAAACUCUUGGAAAUAGGGUUUCCAGAAAACCGAGGUUUUUGACCUACAAGAACUGAUUAUAAUGAGUUUUGAGAAAAUCGAUGCGACUCAAAAAACUUUUGAAGCCCACAUUCGGAUUCAGCAUCAAAUUUCGAACAUUUUGAAAAAACAAUCGAGUCCCUUACUCAAAAUUAAAUUGUGUUUAAAUUUCAAAGUUUAACUUUUUUUAAAUUUGAUACAACUCGGCAAGGAUAAGUGAUAGAGACUUGAUUCAAACGUGGUUAAAUUAGAGAAUUAAAAAUCCAAUAAAACUGGAUAGUUGGCGACGUUCAUGUAUCACGUGAUCAGGGUUUUCUAGGAGAUCUUCGUAGAACAUUUUUCAAGCCAAAUACAGGUUUAGUAGCGCAAAUAGUUGCCCAUGGAGUUAUAGGUUUUCCAAAAAACCAUUGUUUUUGGAGUACCAAAACUGCCAUCCGGCUGUGUUCACAUAAUAUUAAAAAAGUCACUAUUUACUCAAAAAACAUCAGAACGAGUUCAAAAUUUCAGGAUAUGGUUAAUUUCCUUUGCUAAAUGUAAUUAUAGGAUCGAAAAAUCAGAAAAAGUAUAGUUUUGUUAUUGGGUUUUUCAGAAACCCUUUCGGAAAACCUUACGGUUUUGUCAAAUUUAUUUUGAGAUUUCAUAUAAACAGGAUAUAGAAUAGCUUAAAUACUCUACAUCCUGAAAUUUUGAACUAGUUCUCAUGUUUUUUGAGUGAAUAGUGAAUUUUUUAAUAUUAGGUGAAAACAGCCUGAAAAUCCGAAUUUUCGUAUAACUCGCUUAGAUUAGAUUUAGAAUAGAUUUUCACAACUUUUUCUAAAAGUAAGCAUUGCCACGAGACUCAGCAUGGUCGAUUACUCAUAUUCCAUUUGCCUUCAAGGCUACCAAUAGUGACCGGCUGCCAGCCAUGGGAUUCGUAGCAACUUCGAUACAACACCCAAACCGUGGAAAAUCAAGGUCACACUUUGGCCUGUGACAGUUCAUCGUUCCUUGUACUGCAGUUUCUCGAUAACGGGAAGGGUUUUUCAGUUUCCGUUCUGAACUAGGAACGGUUCAGCAGUUCACGUUUCUAGGAACUUGGAACGGUUCAACAGUUCUGGUUUCGCAAACGGGAACUACAGUUCUUUUUGAACUGGAAACCGCUCAGUGUCCUUUUGUAAUUUGUUGAUAUAUUAUUUUAUAUUAUUUUUGUUUUGGAUAUUUUAGAACAAGAGUGAUAUCGGUCGCUGUCAUUGAAUCAUUAGGGUUAACAACAAAGAAUGUUAUUUGUUUGAUACUUACACGACCAGCAAAUUUUAUUUUCAAAGCUAGUGAUUUUAUUCUAUUGAAUAUACCUAAUAUAAAAAUGUGGCAAUACCGCCCCUUUUCAAUUACUAGCCCACCUGAACAACAAGACACAAUAGCGUUACAUAUCAGUGUCGAUGAUGAUUGGACAGGGGAAUCCACAAGGAAUUGUCUGGGUUCUUGUCUAACUUAUUAUUGUCAACGAAUAUCAAUCGGUAAUUAUUUUCGUGAAGUUAGUGGGCAUCGUGGUUUAUUUUGGUUUGGUGCUAUUAGUCAGUUGGCAUCGUUAAUUGGUGCAAUAUUCAUUUAUUUGUUAACAUCCGUAUUCAAUGAAUUUCAGGAGCGUGAUGUUUGUAAACAUUAUGUGUGUUAG